AAAUAUCUCCACAAACCCUCCUCAUUUAUUCACACUACUCUCUCCCUUCAAAACAUUAAAAUGGCGACCCAAAACGCGAUUCUAAAAAACGCUCUCAUUUUUUUCCUCUUCAUUUUAGCAAUCUUAGCCGAGACAGCGUUCUCACAAAAUUGCCAGGAUACUAGUUGCCCUGGCCUUAAGGAAUGCUGCAACAGAUGGGGCUAUUGUGGCACCAAAGGCGAUUACUGUGGAUUUUUCUGUUUCAGUGGUCCUUGCUUUAUCAAAGGCAAAUCCUAUGGAUAUGACUACAACGUCGAUGCUGGUCCACGUGGUAAAAUAGAGAGUGUCAUCACACCAGCGUUGUUCGACAGCAUCAUGAGCAAAGUCCAAAACAAUUGCUCAGCAAAAGGAUUCUACACUUAUGAGGCUUUCAUUAAAGCCUUUAAAUCGUUUGGAGCUUACAAAGGAAAAGUAGCUAAACGCGAGAUUGCCGCGAUAUUGGCUCAUUUCUCAUAUGGAUCUAAAAACUUUUGCUACAAAGAAGAAAUAUCGUCGGAGAAGUACUGUUCAAAGAGCAAGAAGUACCAUUGUGAACCGGGAAAAAAAUACUAUGGUCGAGGUUUGCUCCAAUCAAUCACGUGGAACGAGUAUUAUGGUGCGGCUGGUAAGCACCUAGGGUUACCUCUAUUGAAGGAUCCAGAUUUGGUGGCUCGUAGCCCUGAAGUGGCUUUCAAAUUCGCCAUGUGGUUUUGGAAUAGGAACGUGCGUCCUGCUUUGUACUUAGGAUUUGGAGAAAUCACAAAGAGGGUCGAUGGCCGAGAAUGCAGUAAUAACUGGCGUCGUGACGGUGCGAAUAACAAGGUUAAGCAAUACAUAGAGUUCUGCACGAUGCUUGGGGUUACUCCUGAUCAAGGUCUCGAUUGUUUUUAG